AUGGAUAAAUCUGCUAAAUCGGAAGAUUGUAAAAUAAACUCUAAAUUGGAAAAUUAUAAACAUGAUGUUGAUCAAAUAAAAAAAACAUAUAACUUAUAUCAGAACAAAAGUAUGGAUACAUUUGCAUCUAAUUCAACAAUAGAUGAAAAUAAGAUUGUAAAUACAAAUGACUUUUGCAAUACAUGUAAUCAACAAAACAAUGAAAGAAAUGUAGAGAAUAAUAAUACUACAAAGGAAGUAUGUCUUUCAGAAGAAAACAAAAGUAACAGUAUGAUGGAUUUCUUAAAAACACCAAUAAUAAAUGAAAAUAAUUAUAAUAAUUAUAUGAAUGAAAUAAAUAAAGAAUUAAAGAAUAUUGAGAAUAUGCAUACAUAUAUGGACAAUUACAAUGAUAGUCGUAUAAAUCAAACAAACAAAUUUAAUAUAUGUAUGAACUGUUCAUAUAAUAAUGAUAGUUAUACAUGUAAAGACAUGAACUGUACAAUAAAUCCUGAACAGUUUGAAUAUAACAAUUACAAUAAUAAUGAAACAUCUAAAUUAUUAAAAACAUAUAUUGAUAAAAUAUUUCAAGAUGAACAUAAUGAAGAUAAAACACAAAAAAAUGGAAACUAUAAUGAAUACUCUCAAAAUAUGCAAGCAUCUGAUUUUGCAAUUAAUAAUAAUAUAAUGUCUGAUACAUUAAAAGAUAUAAAUAUAAAAAAUAAUAAUGUUAUUACAAAAAAUAUUGUUAAUAAAAUCCAGAAUUAUUUAAAAAAUUCCAAUUCAAUUUCUACAUGUAUAGAUAAUACAAAUUGUAUAGGAAGUGAAAAUAGUAAAGGUCAUUUAGAAACAAAUGAUUGUAAUAGAUGUCAAAUAUGUGAAAAUAAUAUGAUUAACAAAAAGUUUGAAAAUAAACUAAAUAUAUCUGUACCUCCUUUUCUUGUCUAUAUAUCUACAAAUCAUUUAAAUAGUGAUAUAACAGUGAGGUUAAAUAAUAAUAUAUUUCCAAUAAUAAAUAAUAAUGAAUUAUUUAAAUAUAUUCAUAAUGAAUUAAUUUUAGGAUUAUUUAAUUUAGAUUCUAGUAAAUAUAUAGAACAAUUAAUUUAUAGUAUUAAAAAAUGUUUCAUUGAAAUUUUAGAUUAUUUAAAAGAAAUAAAUCAUAUGUAUGUUUACAAUUUAAAUGAUGGUGAAUAUUUUUAUCACUUUAGAGAAAUAAUGUCUAUUGAGUUUUCAGAAAUCGAUAUGAAUUCAAUAAUGUAUUAUUCAAAAAUUUAUAAAAAAAUUUAUGAACAAUCUGAAAAACGAAAAAAAAAUAAAAAUAAUAAAAAUAACAAUCGGGGUAUAAUUCAUGCUUCUUCAAAAAUAUUUUUACCAUAUUUAAACAGAUGUAAAACAAAAAAAAAUAAUAAAGAAAAAAGUAAAAGUUCGGAAAAUGUUUUUUCUAACUUUAAAAGUGUAAAAGAAGUUGUUGAAAAAGAAAGCGGUGAAGAAUAUGAAGAAUGUUUAAUGCAUGAUAAUGAACUAGAUGACAAAAGUAAGACAGCUGCUCGAAUUUUAAAAAGAAGACACUGUUUGAUAGAUGAAAAGAAUGGUUCUAAAAAUGAUUAUAAACAAAUAAAAACAGAAAUUGCAUCUAUUGAUUUAAAUAAUACAAAUGAAUCUGAAAAUAAGAAUGUAUUAGAAGCAGAUAUCACCAAAUUAACUAAACAAGAGUCUGUUGAACAGAAUGAUAAAGAUGUUAGUGAGCAAUGUGAAAGUAAGACAAAUAAUAAAUCGGAAGAAGAAAGAUGUGAUUCUAUUUGUUCAAAUAUUAAGGAAAGCGAUGAGAAGAAGGAUGCAUCUAGCAAUGAUAUUGAGAAUAAUGAAGUAGAUGCAAGAGAAAAAGAUGGAAAAGGUAUGAUCGAGUCAGAAGAAAUUGAAAAGGAAAUAACUAAUGAUACUAGUGAAGAUUGUAUAAAGUUUUAUGAAAAAGAUGAACUAUUUUUUAAUAAUAAGACAGAUGCAUAUAAAGAUAAGACAAGUACAGUUGAUAAAUUAGAAACUGAGGAUAUAGAUGCAUCUUACAAAAGUACGUUUUCAUCUAAUGAUAUUUUAAUUAAAAAUAGUGAGCUAAUUUCUGAACAUGCGGAAAAUGGUGAAAAUAAAUGUACAGAAAAGUUUACUAAUUUAAAAAAAGAGAAUUCUUUUACUUCUGAUAAUAAUAAUAAAUCUAGAGUAGCAUCAAAUAAUAGUGUUAAUAAAAAAUAUGGAAUAAAAAAGAUAACACAAAAUAAAGAAAUAUCUAAUGGAAAAAUAAUAAAAAAAAUAAAAAUAGCAUAUAUAAAUAAAAUUAUUAGUACAAUAUUAUGUAGAAAUUUAUUAAAUUAUUCAUUAAUUUUUUCACCAAUAUUAAAAAAUGAAGGUGUUAUAUCAAAUUUAAAUAUUUCCAUCAUUAAUAAUAUUAUUCUAAAAUUAAAAAAUCUAAGAAUGAUGGAUAUUGAAAAUACAAGAAUGCGUUCUUACUAUAUGUAUAAAAAUAUGUCAACAAUUAGUUUCGAAAAUAAUUACUUACCAUUUAAUGGGUUUGGAAAUAAUAUUAUAAUAAAUUCUCAACUCGAUCAAGCUGUUCAAAAUAAAGACAAGACAACAAACAAAUUAUAUGCUCUAUAUAAUACGGAAGAUAAAAUAAUUAAUAGAUUUAUAUCUUUAAUACCUGAUGAAAUAAAAUCACAAUUUUUGAAUAACAUUACUGAAAAAUCGCAGAACAAUGGUUCUUAUAAUAUUAAUAAAAUAAAAAAGUUUGUUGAAAAUUAUUUAAAAAUAAAAAAUGUAAAUUCUACAUCUGCUUUGAACGAUUUUACUGAAUUAUGUGCUGGUCUUGAAACUGGUGAUGUAGAUAAUACAUCUAUUGAAAAUAAUGGAAAAAUGAUUCAGAUCCUUCGAGAAUUGAUAAUAAAAUAUGAAGAUCAAAUAAAUAAAAAUGAAAGAAAUGAUUCUAUUACUACUUCUGUACAGAAUACUAAUUUAGAGAAAGCCGAAUCAAAUGUAGAACCCGAAUCUGAAAAUACAAAAAAUGAAAAUUUAGAUGCAAAAAAAGAUGAUGAAACAUUUAUAAACUUUUUAAAAUCUGAAUUAUUAGAAAAAGAAUCGAAUGAAUAUGAUAUAAUUUUAAAAAAUUUAUUAAACAAAAAUAUAAACUCAAACAGUUUUAAAAAUACAAUUGAUGAGAAAAAAGUGUGUAGCAUAUUUAAUGAUGGAUCUAUAAAUAAUUACACAAAUUUUGAAUAUAAUGAAAAUAUGAAUCACCAUAAAAUUGUAAAUGAUUACAAUGAAUUGAAGUAUCUAAAUAAUUUAAGUAAUCUAAAUUAUGGACAUGAUAAUACAAUAUUAGAUUCUAACUUUAAAGAAAUAAUAGCAAAUAGAAUGGGACAUAUUUUAGCUAAUAAUUCUUUUAUUUUAAAUAAAUUAAUUCCAAUAAUUUUAAAUGAUAAUUUUUCAAAUAUAAAAAAUUGUCAUAAACCUCAUUGUAAUUUUGGUGAGUCAAAUUUGGAGGAUUUAUCUAAAAUGAUUAAACAUAAUUAUGAUAUAAAAAAUGUGAAUAGUUCAUUAAAUUUAUCUGAUUUAAAUGCAAAGUUAAACAUUUUAAAUAUGAUGAAGAAUAAAAAUAGUGAUUUAUUGAAUAGUUACGACCAUUUAGUAAUGCCUAAUAAGUAUUUGGAAUGUAGAAAUGGAAAUAACUUUUAUAGUAAUUGUCCUUCAUGUUGUAAUAAAAAUUAUUAUAAAGAAAAUCAUAUAGAAAAUAUAAAUGAUUGCAAAUUUUUUAAUAAAGGGGGUGAAAAUACUAAUUGCUAUUAUUCAUCACAAUGUGAAAAUGGAUAUAAUGGUAGUUUAAAUAAUAGACAAAAUGGGUUCAAUGAUUCUAUAAUUCUUCAAAACAUUAUGAAACAGCUUUUAGAAAAAAAUAAAUCAAAAGAAAUGAAUAAUAAAAUUUAUUCUGAUUUAUUGAAUUAUUUACAAAAAAUAUCUGAAAAAAAUAAUGGAGAAAACUUGUCAAACGAUUUAGAUUCUAUUUAUAAUAAUAAUGAAUUAAAUUCUAUGGAAGUAAAUCAUAAUAUGAUUGAUGCAAACAUAAAUAAUAAAAAUAUAAAUUUUAGAGAUAUUCAAAAUUUAUUUUUAAAAAUGAAAGAAGAAUUAUCACGAGGAUCAAUCAGAAAUGGUAAUACUAAUAAACCUGAUCAAGAUAUGUUUUCAAAUUCAAAUAUUAGACAAGGACAUAAUUUAAAUGGUUUAGGUUCUACUAACCAAUCUGAUGAAGAUAAUUUUAAUUUCAAUAAUUUAGAAUCUAUUUAUAAAGAGCUUCUAUUAAAAAAAUCCAAUAACCAGAUGCAUCUAAAUAUUGAAAAUCGUAACAAUAAUAAUGAUGAGAUUAAUUCUAACUUGUUUUAUGAAUUUAUUAAAAAUAAUAAUAAAGCUGGAAGUAAAACAAAAAAUGAUUUAUCUUCAUUAUAUAGUUAUGCAGCAUAUAAAUCAUGGUUAGCUAGUUUAGAAAAUGCAAAAAAAAAUAAUAGAAUUAAUAGUAAUAAUCAAUAUGUUAUUGAUACUAAUUUGUAUAGUUCAUGUUUAUGUGUUGGUAAAUGCGUAUGCUAUAAAAAUGAUUAUUUAAAAAUAAUUGAUAAUAAUAAUUUAAGGGAAUAUUUAUCAAACUUAUCAUAUUCAAAUAUGGUUGUAGAUGCAAAUAAUGAAAAAAUGGCAAAUAUGGAUGAGCUUGGUAAAUUUUUAUUAGUUUCUGUUGAUAGUAAGAGAAAUAAUUUACAUGAUUGUUUGAACAUGAGUCAUAAUGAUGACAAAUUGGGUAGAAUUAUAAGUAACAGUUCUUCUAAUUUAUUUUUAAGUUCUAAAAAUAAUAAUGGUGAUAACAUAUUAGGAAAUACAAGGGGAUUCGAUAAUUUAAAUUUACGAGGCAAUUCAGAUGAUGCACAAUUUGAUAUAAACCUUUUAAAUAACAAUCAUGAUAAUUUAAAUAUUAUGAAAGAAUUGUAUGGAAGUGAUAAAAACAUUUUAAGAUCAAAUAAAAAUAUAUUCGGAAAAAAAAAUAGUUAUAGCAGUUUGAAUGAAGAUGAAAAUAAAAACAACAAUGAAUCACUUACAAAUGCAGAUAAUUUAAAGACCGGAAUUAAAGGAGAUAAAAAUUGUAAAAAUGGAAAUAUGCCUAUCAAUGGUUUAUAUGGGGGUUAUGGACGUGGGCAAAGAGCAAAAGGAUUGGAGAAAAAUAAGAAUUUAACGGAUAAUGGAACUACAAACAAAACUAGCGGAAACACAAAAGGCAGUACAUCAAAAAGAGGUAAUGGGAAGGAUAAGCAAAAUGGAACAGGUUAUGUAGAUAUUGGUGAAAACUAUGAGCUUAAAUAUACAGUUGCUGAGCUGAAACCACAAAGAGGAGUUUAUUUUGAUAAGUCCCAAAAGGCAUGGAUUGGAAGUUGGUAUGAAGAAGGAAAACAAAUUAAGCGUCGAUUUAAGAUUAAAUAUUAUGGAUGGGAUGAGGCUAAAGAAUUAGCAACAAAAGCUAGAUUUUCUUUUGAAAACAGAAUCAAAAAUUUAGAAGGAAAUAAUGGUAAGGGUAAUUCUGGUGCAUCUAAAAAUAAUACAAAUUCAGGAGAAAAGAAUGGAACAAAACUUACGACAAGUGGUAAUAAAAAAAAUGGAACACAAGAUGUAGAAAAUAAUAAUACGGAUAGAAUCAAAACAAGAAAUAGUUCAAAAGAUGUAGGAGAAAAAAAUAAUAAUGAAAAUGUUAUAUCUGAUGAAAAUAAUAUUAAUGAUAUAGAUAACCAUAAUAAUCCAAAUGAAAAUUAUGGUUCUACAUCUAUGUGUAAGUUAGUAAAUAAAAAUAUGAGUAAUGAAAAAAAAAAAAAUAAUAAUAUAGAUGAAGAUGAAAUAUGGAAUAAUAAAGAGUCUCAAAAUUAUGAUUCUAAAGUAAAAUAUGAUAAAGAUGGAAAUGGAAAAUCUAAUUUAUCAUAUGAAAACAAAUCAGGAGUAAAUACUAGAAGUGGUCAUCUUACAAAAAAAAAUAGUUUUAAUAAUAAAAAUAAUAAUAAUUGGUCAGAAGAAAGACAUAUUGAUUAUAAUAAUUCAGAUGUAAAUAUGUCUGAACAAAGGUCUUAUUAUGAUACAUAUAAUAAUGGAAAUGGCUAUGAAAUAGAUGAAGGUAAAAAUGGUGUAAAUAAAUUAUAUGGAUAUGAUGAAACCGAAUUAGAUAGUAAAAAUGGUAAUAUAAUAAACUCAGGAAAAAAAAAUAGUUUCAAUAAUAAUGGACAAAUAAAAUAUCAAAACAAUAAAUACAAUGAUGGAAAUAAUACUAUUACUUAUGCUAAAUCAAAUACAAAAAAAGGAUGUGAUAAUAAUAUAAUCGAUAAUUCUGUUAUAUUACCUCAAGGUGUAUUUUAUCAGGAUUCUAAAAAAGCUUUUUGUGCUAAUUGGUAUUCAAAUGGUAAACAAGAAAAAAGAUAUUUCUCUAUUAAUAAGUUUGGUGAAGAAAAAGCUAGAAGUUUAGCUAUAGCAGCAAGAAAAAAAUUUGAAAAUUUGUAUAAAAAAAAUAAUAAAAGAGAUUAUGUUACAGGAACUGUUCAUACACAACAAAUUGAAAAUGGAAACUCUGAAAUGUCUAUUUCUAAAAAUAAUGAUAAUUUAAAUGGAGAAAAUAUGAGUCUUGAAAAAAAUGAGUCUGGUAUUGAUUACACAAAAAAAGAAAUGAAUGAUGAUAAAGAUUCAGAAACUAAUAAUGAUGAACAUAUUGUUAAGAGAAAUAGCUAUGUAGAUGCUAAUAAUAUGGGAAUAAAUAAUAGAUGCAAUACACGAAAUGGUUCUAAACAUGUUAACUUCGAUUAUAAUAGUGAAAACGGUUUUGGAAAUGAAAAUAAUUAUGAAGACAAUGAAGAGAAUAAAGGAGAAGAUGAAAAUGGUUUUGUAAAAAAUUGGAAUGAACAUGAAAAAAAAAUAAUAAAUAAUCAGGGGAAUCAUAACAUUAAUACAAAUGCGAUAAAAGAAAAUCAUAUUGAUAAUAUUACAAACAUUCACGGAUCAAAGGCUAAUGAAGAAUAUCAUACUGAUUUAGAGAUGAAUGAUGACAAGCAAGAUGGAAAAAUAAAUAUAGAAAAUGAAAACUAUGAUAAGGAUUAUCUAAAUAAUGAUACAAUACAGGAAAUGUGUAAUAAUGACCAUAACAUAGAUGACAAAAAUAUAUCUCCUCAUUUAUAUUUACAAACAAAUGAUAACGAAAAUAAAGAAAUAAUAAUAGAUGAUAUGAACAUAAAUAAUUGUAAUAUAGAAGAUGAUUCUAACUAUUUUAAUAAUAGCAAUAAUAAGGAAUCAGAUGAAGAUAUGUUUGCAAAAAAUUCACAAAAAGAAGAUUUAAGUCCAUAUAACAAAUCAGAUAAAUCUGGAUCAACACCAGCUGGAGUUUAUGUUAUUAGAAUUAAUGGAGUUGUACAAGCAUGGAGAGCUGAAUGGAAAAGCCCAAGUGGUUGUAAAAAAACCAAAAAUUUUGGAAUAAGUACAUAUGGCUCGGAUUUAAGUAAAAAAUUGGCAAUUGAGAUGAGAGCCAGAAUGUCUGGUGAAUGCUUAGUUGCUGAUGAUGGAACUGUAUUCGAUUACACAAAUAAAGCAGAAUCGAAAGAUGAUUGA